AUGUCAUUUGACGUGACACAUUUGUUAAUUUUCAUGUUCAUUUUUAUGAGUGUAUCUUCCUUGUUUAUUCUACUUGAUUUAAACCCAAACUCGACUCGAUUUAAAGUGCUUAAAAACACGAAUAAACAAGUUACAAUACCUCGAGUCACUUUACCGACUUAUUCCGAUCAAAUACUCGACACCACACAUUUUAAUUACAAUGGCGCUUGUAGUAAAGUUUUUAAAUAUCUUCCAAACAACAAACGUGAUUUGUGGUUGAGUGCCAUUGGGAUCAACUCACAGAAAUAUUAUGAGCAGAUUAUGAAAGACGUUCCACUUGUUUUUGGUCUCUCCAAUUCGUCUAUUCCUAAUGCAGAUAAAGUCCUCUUAUUUCUUCCUGGGUACAACUACACUGAGUUAAGUACUAUGGCACAAAGUUAUGGCUUUCAGACUGUCGAAAUUGAUUUACCAAAUAUUAAAAAGUGCCAAGACGCCUCUAAACGAUUUUUUGCAUUCAAAGAGUACUUAGAAGAUAAAUUACAAUUAUAUGAUAGAGUACUUAUUAGUGACUUUAGAGACGUUUAUAUCUUCGCAGACUUCUUUGCGACUUUUUCUGCACAAGACUUAGUCUUUACGCCGGAGUGUUCUUAUGAUCAUGAAGAGUGCGUCACAUUAAAUCAAGUCGAUGUGAAGAAUUGGAUGGCAAAUGGAUAUGGGAAAGACAUGGCAGAGACCUAUGCGAAGAACAAUUCACUGUUAAUGAAUGUGGGAACAAUUUUUGGAGGAACAAAAAAGGUGUUCAAUUACAUCACAUUGAUGACGGAAAAUUUGAGUCCAGAGAAAUAUAAAGACUGGGGAUAUGACCAGGCGGUCCACAACGUUAUUUUCUAUACAUAUUACUUCAACAAGAACUAUAUUUAUUAUAAUGAUACUAAUCAAAUAGAAUUUGGUGAAGACAAUGGAAGAGAAGAAGAUAUCAUUGAUAUGAAGAAAUACCAACUCGAUAGAUGUUCCCAAAGAUUUUGUUUUAGAGAGAAAAACACUUGCAUUUAUGAUAAACAGAAGAAAAUUGUGUUUACUAAAAAUACGAUGUGCGCUCCAGUACUCAGACAUAAAAUAUUGGCAAAUGGACUGAAAUUGGAUUGGUGUGGAAAACCACAAAAAGUUUAA